GGUCGGCUUUGGGAGCCGUGACGAGUCCGGAAGCGCCUGCGCGCACCCCUCCGCACGAAAACUAGUUUUGUUCCGUGUCCUCUGGACUGGAACCCUUUGGAGAGAACCCCCGGCACGACCAGUCGCACACCCGCAAGCGCCGCGGCAAUGUCCAGCAACAAUUUCGCUUACAAUGAGCAGUCCGGAGGAGGGGAGGCGACGGAGCUGGGUCAGGAGGCGACCUCAACCAUUUCCCCCUCGGGCGCCUUCGGCCUCUUUAGCAGCGAUUUGAAGAAUCUUGAUCCAGAACAGAAGGAAAUGUUAAUAGAAGUAAUUGAAAAACUUCUGAAAGAUAAAAGCACAAUCAAGAAGUUGGUAUAUGUUUACCUGGUUCGAUAUGCUGAAGAACAGCAGGAUCUGGCACUCUUGUCCAUAAGCACUUUUCAGCGAGCUCUGAAGGACCCAAACCAACUAAUUCGUGCAAGUGCUUUGAGAGUUCUAUCAAGUAUUAGAGUACCCAUUAUUGUACCUAUCAUGAUGCUCGCUAUUAAGGAAGCUUCUGCUGACUUAUCACCAUAUGUUAGGAAGAAUGCAGCCCAUGCAAUACAAAAAUUGUACAGAAUUCCAAAGAAAGGUCCUUUAAAACCACUUUUUUUCAAGCUCGUAGCUGGCAGUGUUGUGAUGGCCUUUGAAGAAGUAUGCCCGGAUAGAAUAGACCUGAUUCACAAGAAUUACCGCAAGCUAUGUAACUUACUAGUUGAUGUUGAAGAGUGGGGGCAGGUUGUCAUAAUCCACAUGCUAACUCGAUACGCUCGGACACAGUUUGUCAGCCCAUGGAAAGAGGAUGAUGGUCUAGAAGACAAUGAAAAGAAUUUCUAUGAAUCUGAUGACGAACAGAAGGAAAAGACUGACAAAAAAAAGAAGACAUAUGCUAUGGAUCCAGACCACAGACUCUUGAUUAGAAAUACAAAGCCUUUGCUUCAGAGCAGGAAUGCAGCGGUGGUUAUGGCAGUUGCUCAGCUGUAUUGGCACAUAGCACCAAAAUCUGAAACUGGAAUUAUUUCUAAAUCACUAGUGCGUUUACUUCGUAGCAAUAGGGAGGUGCAGUAUAUUGUCCUACAAAAUAUAGCAACUAUGUCAAUUCAAAGAAAGGGCAUGUUUGAACCUUAUUUGAAGAGUUUCUAUGUUAGGUCAACUGAUCCAACUAUGAUCAAGACACUGAAGCUUGAAAUUUUGACAAACCUGGCAAAUGAAGCUAACAUAUCAACUCUUCUUCGAGAAUUUCAGACCUAUGUGAAAAGCCAAGAUAAACAAUUUGCAGCAGCUACUAUUCAGACUAUAGGCAGAUGUGCAACCAAUAUCUCAGAAGUCACUGAUACAUGCCUCAAUGGCCUGGUCUGUCUGCUGUCCAACAGGGAUGAAAUAGUUGUUGCUGAAAGUGUGGUUGUUAUAAAGAAAUUACUUCAAAUGCAACCUGCACAACAUGGUGAAAUUAUUAAACAUAUGGCCAAACUCUUGGACAGUAUCACUGUUCCUGUGGCUAGAGCAAGUAUUCUUUGGCUAAUUGGAGAGAACUGUGAACGAGUUCCUAAAAUUGCCCCUGAUGUUUUAAGGAAGAUGGCUAAAAGCUUCACUAAUGAAGAUGAUCUGGUAAAACUGCAGAUUUUAAAUCUGGGAGCAAAAUUGUAUUUAACCAACUCCAAACAGACAAAAUUGCUUACCCAGUACAUAUUAAAUCUCGGCAAGUAUGAUCAAAACUACGACAUCAGAGACCGUACAAGAUUUAUUAGGCAGCUUAUUGUUCCGAAUGAAAAGAGUGGAGCUUUAAGUAAAUAUGCCAAAAAAAUAUUCCUAGCACAAAAACCUGCACCAUUGCUUGAGUCUCCUUUUAAAGAUAGAGAUCAUUUCCAGCUUGGCACCUUAUCUCACACUCUCAACACUAAAGCUACUGGGUACCUGGAAUUAUCUAAUUGGCCAGAGGUGGCGCCCGACCCAUCAGUUCGAAAUGUAGAAGUAAUAGAGUUGGCAAAAGAAUGGACCCCAGCAGGAAAAGCAAAGAAAGAGAAUUCUGCUAAGAAAUUUUAUUCUGAAUCUGAGGAAGAGGAGGACUCUUCUGAUAGCAGCAGUGACAGUGAGAGUGGAUCUGGAAGUGAAAGUGGAGAACAAGGAGAAAGUGGGGAGGAAGGAGACAGCAGUGAGGAUAGCAGUGAAGACUCCUCCAGUGGGCAGGGAAGUGAGAGUGGAAGUGAGUCAGGAGUAGAGGACAAAAGAACAGCCAAGAGGAACUCGAAAUCCAAAGGAAAAAGUGAUUCUGAAGAUGGGGAGAGGGAAAAUGAGAAAUCUAAAACUUCAGAUUCUUCUGAUGCUGAAUCUAGUUCAACAGAAGAAAGUUCUUCAGAUUCUGAAUCGGAAUCAGACUCUGAAAGUGAAUCUAAAUCCAGAAGAGUCACUAAGGAGAAAGAAAAAAAAACAAAGCAAGAUAGAAAACCUCUCACCAAAGAUGUUUCACUUCUAGAUCUGGAUGAUUUUAACCCAGGACCCACUCCAGUUGCACUUCCCAUACCAGCUCUUUCUCCAAGUUUGAUAGCUGAUCUUGAGGGUUUAAACUUGUCGACUUCCUCAUCAGUCAUCAGUGUCUCUACUCCUGUCUUUGUACCAAUGAAAACUCAUGUGCUGCUUCAUCGAAUGAGUGGAAAAGGACUAGCUGCCAAUUAUUACUUUCCAAGACAGCCUUGCAUUUUUGGUGAUAAGAUGGUCUCUGUACAAAUAACAUUGAAUAAUACUACUGAUCAAAAGAUAGAAAAUAUCCACAUAGGGGAAAAAAAACUUCCUAUAGGCAUACAAAUGCAUGUUUUUAAUCCAAUAGACUCUCUUGAGCCUGAGGGAUCCAUUACUGUUUCAAUGGGUAUUGACUUUUGUGAUUCUACUCAGACUGCCAGUUUCCAGUUGUGUACCAAGGAUGAUUGCUUCAAUGUUAAUAUUCAACCACCUGUUGGAGAACUGCUUUUACCUGUGGCCAUGUCGGAGAAAGAUUUUAAGAAGGAGCAAGGAAAGCUAACAGGAAUGAAUGAAACUUCUACUAUAAUCAUUGCUGCACCACAGAAUUUCACUCCCUCUGUGAUCCUUCAGAACAUUGUCAAUGUAGCCAAUGUAGGUGCAGUCCCUUCUGGCCAGGACAAUAUACACAGAUUUGCAGCUAAAACUGUGCACAGUGGGUCAUUGAUGCUAGUCACAGUGGAACUGAAGGAAGGCUCUACAGCCCAGCUUAUCAUAAACACUGAGAAGACUGUGAUUGGUUCUGUUCUGCUGCGGGAACUGAAGCCUGUCCUGUCCCAGGGGUAACCUGCUUGCAUCUGGACUUCAGAAUCUGGCACAUAACAAAAGUGCCUGGCAUCCACUACUGCUGCCUUUCAUUUAUAAUAAUAGCCCUUCCAUCUGGCGGUGGGGGAAGAAUACACUCUUGACAUUCUUGUCUCCUGCUUUAGAAUGCUAGUGUGUAUCUAUCAUGUAUGCAAUACUUUCCCCCUUUUCGCUUUGCUAACCAAAGAACAUAUAUUUUACUGUCAGUUAUCUCAACUCUCGAAUCCAUGUGGCAUUUUCGCUGUCCUGCUACUUCUUUUGGCCUCCUUGUCUUCCUUCUCUCUUUCAGCAAUGAUGGACACAAAUCGAAUAUUUAAAGUUCAUUGGAAAUCAUCUUCCCUUCAGCAAUAAGCAAAAAUUAGCAAGGAAAUAGUCUAAAUGCCCUCUCAGCUUGGUAUGUGAAAAUGCAAUAGCAUACUUUUGAGAAUAAAUGCAAAAACAUGGUCUCUGCAAAAUAUUGUUCUUUGAAUUUCCUGGUCUUGUAAUUGGUAAUUGACCACUGUCAUCAUGAAAUUAUCUCGAGUAAUAAGAUAAAUAAACUAGCAUAUGAAU